CUGAAGUCCCUUUUGGAUUUACAUCGGCGGUCAUCAUGGCAGCCCUCAGGCCCCUCACAAAGCCCAAGAUCGUCAAAAAGAGAACCAAGAAGUUCAUCCGCCACCAGUCUGAUAGAUAUGUCAAGAUUGCGAAAAGCUGGCGUAAACCCAGGGGUAUUGACAACAGGGUCCGCAGGAGGUUCAAGGGCCAGAUGCUGAUGCCCAACAUUGGUUAUGGUAGCAACAAGAAGACAAAGUACAUGCUGCCCAGUGGCUUCAAGAAGUUCCUGGUGCACAACAUCAAGGAGCUUGAGGUCCUGAUGAUGAGUAACAAGACUUACUGCGCUGAGAUCGCCCACAACGUCUCCUCCAAGAACAGGAAGGUGAUUGUGGAGAGAGCGGCUCAGCUGGCCAUCAAGAUCACCAACCCCAACGCCAGGCUCAGGAGCGAGGAGAACGAAUAAACACGUUCACAAUAAAUGUUAAA